CACACGGGAGAACGUCCCUUCAAGUGUAAGGUUUGUGGAAAAUCGUUCAUGGCGAACGGAACUCUCACGAAACACUAUUUAACGCACGUCGGAGGCACACCCUACGAGUGCGACGUGUGUCACAAACGUUUCAAAUUGAAAAACGCUUUGUACAUACACAAACGCAUGCACACGAUAGGUAAGUGCUUCACGUGCGAAGUGUGCGGGUAUGCGGCCUACCAAAAGUCGAAUUUAGAUUUGCACAAGAGGAGGCAUUUUGCGGAUUAUAAAUUUACAUGUUCGGAGUGUAAAAAAGGUUUCUACCUCAAACACGAGUACGAGAAUCAUUUGAACGUUCACACGGGCGAGAAACCGUUCAAGUGCGAAGUGUGCGGAAAAUGUUACCCGUUUCAAUCGAGUCUUCACUAUCACAUGAAUUCGCAUAAUUCGACGAGUCGCGUCGAAACGAAAAACUAUCACUGCGACAAGUGUUCGAUGUCGUUCGCGGCACCGAGCAGGUUAAACAAACACAUGAGAACUCACACGGGCGAAAGACCGUUCGCGUGCAACACGUGCGGUAAAAGAGUGUCGACGAAAGAAUCGCUCGCGGAUCACGUUCGGAUACACACGGGAGAAAAACCUCACAAGUGCAGUUACUGCAGCAAAGCGUUCAUAAAGAAAACUCUACUCAAAGCACACGAAAGGACUCACACGGGAGAGAAACCCUACGCGUGUUUGAUUUGCGGUAAAGAUUUCACGCAGCAAUCGUCGCUGUCGAUACACUCGAAAAGUCAUCAAAAGUCGACGAUGGGGAAACAACACGUUUGUUUGGUUUGCAACAUAAAAUUUUUCUCGUUGGAUUUGUACAAUCAACAUCAGAACAUACACACGGGUGAGAAACCCUACAAGUGCGACAUGUGCGACAAAUCGUACCCUUUGAAACUCUCUCUCGGCAAACACAAAGUCAUCAAACACAAUCCGAAUUACGAGCCUAAAAAACCGUCGAAACGUUUGCAGUGCGAGGAAUGUGGGAAACAAUUCGCAUAUUCUCACUCUUUGAAAACUCACAUGAUGACGCACACGGGUCAAAAACCCUACGUGUGCAGUCACUGUGGAAAAUCGCUCACGAGUCGUCAAACGUUGUACGAACACGUCAACGCGAUACACACGGGUAACAAACCGUAUUCGUGCGACGAAUGCGACAAAUCAUUCGUCACGUCGAAAAUACUCAGGCUCCAUAAGAAAAUACAUUUGAAAGUCAAACCGUUCGUUUGUAAAAUGUGCGGCAAGGGAUUCACUCAAAGCACUCCCCUCCUCUUUCACAUGCGCUAUCACCUGGGUCAGAAACCGUUCGCUUGUUCUCACUGCAACAAGGGAUUCGUGUCCGUGAAGGGAGAAGAUGAAAAUGUCGUAAAUAUCAACACGAAAUGUGUUAAUAAUAAUUACAAAUGCAUUAUCUGCGGGAAAAGUUUUUGUACGGAAAUGAUAUUGUAUUUGCACAUCACGAAACGUCAUCAUUCGAACGAAAUAACCAUAAUCGGGGAUACGUCGAGUGGGACGGGACUCUUAAACUGUUGCUAUCGAGUCGUUUCCGAAUCGAAAAAAGAAUUCUCAGAUCAACAACAGAACAAGAGGAAGUAUUUGGGAAAAGCAAAUCCGAACAAGGAAAAUCGGAGUCCCGGAGCCCUCGUCGAAGGAAGCGCAAAAAAAAAAUCAAAAAUGAAAACGUCACCGAGAACUUUUCAUCAUUUGAAACAAACGGAAGUGAACAACGAAUCGGAUGUUUCCGGUGAAACAUUCAAACGGGAAGAAUUUGAGAACGAUUUGUGUUGGGAAAAAUUCAAAGGAAAACAGGGUUUGAAGUGUCACGUGAAAUUGACUCGCGAUGAUGCGGACGUGGAAAUCGAAUGCGAAUCCAAAACGUGUGAUAAAUUAUUCGACACGUGCAAUCAAUUCCGAGAAAACCGCGAAGAAAUCCACGUGGAAAAAGACGACAUGAAAAUUCCCAAAGCGUUCAAGUGCGAUCCGUGUAAAAUAAGUUUCGAUAGGAGCGAAGAUUUGAAAAGUCACGCCAGAGAACGACACGGGGAAGGGAAAACAUUUUGCGAAUGCGACGUGUGUAAAAAAUGUUUCGGAUCGAAGAAAAGAAUUUUACAACAUUUGGUGAAGGCACACCUGGGGGAGGAUUUGACAAAAGUCGACGACGACGACGACGACUCGAACGUUCCGGACAUUUUUGACGACAGCGGGAAAAAACGUUGCAAGAGAAAACGUUUGAAGUUGGAUAAACCUUUCAAGUGCGAUUACGAAAACUGUCAGUAUUCCGCGUCUCAGUUUGCCUUUUUGAAAAAUCACAAAAACAAACACAAUCCAUUUUACGAGUGCGUGACGUGUUUUGAAAAAUUUCCCGGACGAUCCGAACUCAAAGCUCACAUGUCGACGCACGGUGAGAGGCCGUACAAGUGCGAUCAGUGCAAUAAAUGUUACAAAGACAAACACGGUUUGGGGUGGCAUAAAAAAGUGCAACACGAUCCGUCCCGUUUGAAAUUCACAUGCGAACUCUGUGGCAAAACCUAUCCCUUCGACAGCCUCCUCACGCAACACAUAAAUCUCACGCACGCGACGGAAAAGCAAAGCGUUUGCGACAUUUGCGGUAAAAACGUGAGCAAAACGUACCUUCCCAUGCACCGGAGAACUCACGGUGAAAAACAACACGAGUGCGACGUGUGUCGGAAAACGUUUCUGGAAAAGGCUUAUUUGAAAAGGCACAAAAUGAUACACACGGGUGAAAAGCCCUACGUGUGCAACGUUUGCGGGAAUUUGUUUCGUCAGCACAGCACGCUCACGAUACACAUGAGAACGCACACGGGUGACAGGCCGUACAAGUGCGUGACGUGCGAAAACGCGUACAAAACUCAUCACAAUUUGAAAAAACAUUACAAGAGAAGCGGUCACAAAAUGGGAAAAUGGUGUUUAAAGGAAAAACGGGACGAAAGAGAAAAAAGAAAGAAAAGCGAUUUCGGACAACAAACUGAACCGGAAAGGAAAAGGAGAAAAAACAAGUGGGAAAAAAAAAAAUCCGCGGGGGUUCAACGUAGGAAAGAAAUAGAAAAUUUAUUGGUUGAAAUAAUUGAAAAAAAAAUGGCGGAUAAACAACGUAACAAACAAAGCGAUGAGUCGACGACAAGGGGUGAAGCGGCUGAAGAAAAUUGUCGUCGAGACGGAAACGAGAAAGUGACGUCGGAAAACGUCGGAACCGGAAAUGAUAAAACGGAAAAAAUAAAUAACGGCGAAGCGGGGAAAGCGGCGAGCGAGACAAACGUUAGUGGUAAGGGUGGUAAAAAAAAAAAAAGGGGGAAAACGAAAAAAAUAAUAACGUGCGAAUUUUGCGGGAAAAAUUUCGAAAGAAACGGUAAUUACGUGGAACACAGGAGAACUCACACGGGAGAAAAACCUUACGAAUGUGGAAUUUGCCUCAUGAGAUUCGGAUCUCACGCGGGUUUGAGCAGGCAUAAAUUCGUGCAUCAAGAUUCUAGAACUUUCGUUUGCGAAAUAUGCAAUAAAAUAUUCAAACAUCAAAUACAAUUGAAAUAUCAUAAGGAAACGCACACGAACACGACGCCGUUGAAUUGCGACAUGUGUUCAUACGUCACGCUGUCGAAACACUAUUUGAACCUUCACAGAGCGACGCACUUGAACCGGGACAGGUUCGUGUGCGGAGUUUGCAACAAGGGUUUCAAUUCUCGAACGUAUUUGCUCGAGCACAUGAACAAACACUCGGGCGACAAACCUUUCCUGUGCGACAUUUGCGGAAAAUCAUAUCCGGCGCGCUACAGUCUCGCCAUACACAAACAAAUGAAACACGAUCCGAAUUACAAGCCGAGGGGACGAGUUCCGUGUCAGUUUUGCGGUAAAAUGAUACUCAAUCGUAAGCAAGACCUCGUGAGACACAAGGGAAUGCACACGGGCGAAAAACCCUACGUGUGUCACUUUUGCGGAAAAGCCGUCACGAACAGGGAAUCGUUGAAAACUCACGUACGAUUGCACACCGGUGAAAAACCCUUUUCCUGCGACACGUGCGGAACGAAUUUCGUGAGCAAAAACCUUCUCAGGGUUCACAACAGGACUCACACGGGAGAGAAACCCUACUCGUGCAACGUUUGCGAUAAAUCUUUCACGCAACGGUCAAGUCUAGUCGUACACCAAAGAACUCACGUGUCGGUACAACCGUUGGAAUGCGAGAGUUGCGGAAAAGUUUUUCUAAGCUUUAACAAUUUACAAGAACACGUGAAAACUCACAACAGCGACAGCAACAGCAGUAUUUACACGUACAGAGUGAUUACGUCAAUUUCAAAGAAAUACAAUAAUAAUGAUAAUUCGACCGUACACGAAAAAGAUGAUGACGAGAAAAUCAGGCACAAAAGGAAAUUAGAAAAGGAAAAUUUAAGUGAAAAGACGAGGAUGACGACGCCACCGCCGCAGCAGCAGCAGCAGCCGACUCCCGUUUUAAACAUUCAAAUACUCAACGACUCGUCGAAACUACGGGAAUCCCUAGAGGAAAGAUGCAAUUCGAAAAAAAAACCUCACAAGUGUAAAAUUUGCGGUGUCGGAUUCGGAUCCUAUGCCGGAUUGUGGAAGCAUAAAAUCGUACACGUCACGGCGAAACCGUUCGAAUGUCAGAUAUGUGGUAAAAGUUUCAAAAGAUCCGUUCAAUUGAAAUAUCACAUGGAAAUACACACGGGUACGGAAACUCUAAAAUGUGACUCGUGCGAGUACUCGACGGUUUCGAAAAGGUGCCUACAACUCCACAGAGACACGCACAAGAGCAAAUUGAAAUUCGUUUGCCAAAUAUGCCACAAGGGAUUCAAUGCGAAAUCGUAUUUGAUGGAACAUUCGAACGUUCACUCGGGUUUGAGACCGUUUUUGUGCGACGUGUGCGGAAAAUCGUAUCCGGCGAAAACGAGUUUGUCGUUUCAUUUUCAAAAGAAACACGGUUUCGGAAAACCCGUCGAGAAAAACCAAUGCGACGUGUGCGGUAAAAUGAUCGUGAACAGAGCUCAGGACAUUGCGAGACACGCGAAAACUCACGAAAAAUCGAAAAAAUUCAUUUGUCACGUGUGCGGUUUGAGUUUGACGACGGAAGACGUUUUAAAAUCUCAUUUGCUCCUGCACGUGGAUGAGAAAAUUUUUUCGUGCCAUUUUUGCGGGGAGAAAUUCGCGACGAAUGACUCGAAUGAUGAAAGCGUCGGCACGAUAAAAUCCGAAAUUCGAAAUUUGAAAUUCGUCUGUGACGUUUGCAACAAAAUAUUUACGACGGCGUAUAAAUUAAAUCGUCAUUCGGUGUCGCACAGGAGUGAAAGGCCGUACAAGUGUGCGACGUGUCAGAAGAGUUUCAAAAGAUCGCAAGAAUUGAAAAGUCACGGAAAACUACACACGGACGAGCGGCAAUACAAAUGCGAUUUGUGUCCGGCAAUAUUUUUUCUACCGUCACGUUUAAAAGUUCACGUUAAUCGUCACACGUCCGCGUAUCGGUUUCACUGUCAAAAAUGCGACAAGGGUUUUCACACGACGACGGAGCUCAAGUGUCACGAUAAUCUACACCACGGCACGGGAUCACACGCGUGCGGGAUUUGCGGGAAAACUUUUCCGAAUAAUUCGUCGUUGGAAAAGCACAAACACAUCCACGAUCCCGAUUACAUACCGGAAAAGCACAAGUGCAGCAUGUGCGACAAAACUUUCGCGCAUAAAUCGUCGCUAAACAUUCAUUUCAAAUCUCAGCACACGCGGGAAAAUAAUUACAUUUGCGACGUGUGCGGGAAAAAGCUCAAAAGCAAAACGACUUUGACGUGGCACUUGAUGACUCACACGGGUGAAAAGCCGAACGGAUGUGACGUUUGCGGAAAGAGAUUUGCGAAAAAAGCAAAUUUACUAGUUCACAAACUCACUCACACGGGUCAAAAAUUAUACGUUUGCGAUAAAUGCGGAAGGAGUUUUUCUCAAAGGUCAUCUUUGACGAUACAUCAAAGGUAUCACACGGGCGUUCGACCCUACACGUGUUCCACGUGCGGAAAAGGUUUCGUAUCGAGAUCUCAAAUGAACGCACACAAGAAUUCAAACGAGGAUGAAAGCGAAACUUUAUAUUGUAAAAUUUGUCGUAAAAAUUUCACGUCGAAAAUAAAUUACGGGAGACACGUGAAAAACGUGCAUAAAAAAAACGACGGCGACGUCCUCCUACCUCGCGUCACGUGCAACGUGUGUCAUAAAACUCUCAAGAAUAAAUAUUAUUUGAAAACUCAUUUGAAAAUUCACGCACCGGAAACGGAUUACAAAUGUCCCCUUUGCGAGUACAAAAACAAUAAUUUAUUUUACAUGAAGAUACACGUGAGCAAGCACAAAAAUCAACCGACGUACCAGUGCGAGAUAUGCGGUGAUAAUUUCUACGAAAAAUCCACUCUUCAAACUCACAUUCAAGUCAAACACGGGCGUGGGUUCGAGUGUAAAACCUGCGGGAAAACCUACAGAACGAAACAGAGACUUCGGGAACACGAGAAAACUCACGAUCCGAAUUUCGCCGCGACAUCGAACGACAGCAAACACCAGUGCGAGGAAUGCGGGAAAACGUACAAGCACAGAGCGCAGUUGAAAACUCACGUGCUCAGGCACAAGGGUUUGGACGUGAAAUACACGUGUAACGUUUGCGGUAAAACAGUAACGACGAAAAAAUCGUACACGAAUCACGUGAAAAUACACACGGGAGAAAAAUCGAGCAUUUGCGACAUUUGCGGCAAAGCAUUCACGGUCGAAAAGUAUUUGAUCGUGCACAGGAGAACGCACACGGGUGAAAAACCCUAUUCUUGUUCCACGUGCGGGAAAAAUUUCACACAGAGAGCAUCUUUGGUCAUACACAAUCGUUAUCACACCGGUGAAAGGCCCUACGUUUGCAGGAUAUGCAAUAAAGGAUUCGAUUAUUUAUCAAAUCCUCCCAUUCCGACCGUCAGAUGCACUCUAUGCGGAGAAAUGGUUCCCGCUAACACGUUCGAAAAGCAUAAAUUCGUCGAAGAAUUGUAUCUCUCCGCCAUGAAAUGUAGGAUAUGCAACGUGACUUUUAAAAAAAAAUCCGCUUUUAGAAUACACAUAUACGACCAGCAUAAAAUCCACCAUUGCAAAUUGUGUCCGGAAGUUUUUUCCAAACGUCAACACUACCGAAUGCACAAAGAACUCGUACACGAUUUGAAAAAAAAACCUAGAGUACCUUGCGAUUUGUGCAAUCGUACAUUUGCGAGCAAGCAAAUAUUGAAAAGGCACAGGAACGAAGUGCACUUCGGUCAGAGAGAACCGGAAACGAAAUGUCCGCAGUGCGAUUAUAAAUCAUACAAUCGAUCGAACAUGAAGGUUCACAUCGACAAACACAACAACACACCCGCGUUCGUUUGCGACCUCUGCGGCAAGGGUUGUUUCACGAAAACGUCUCUCAACGAUCACACGGCGAACGCUCACGGUCACGGAUUCAAAUGCGGAGUCUGCGGUAAAUUUUACAAGAACGAAAGCAGUUUGAAAACUCAUUCGAAAAUUCACGAACCCGGUUUCGAUCCGGCAGCGCUCAAACAACAGUGCGAAGAAUGCGGGGAAAUAUUCAAUCACAAGAGUUCCCUGAACAAACACUUGUUGAAACACAGGGGACUCGAUAAAACGUUCGAUUGCGACGUUUGCGGUAAAAAGUUGAGUUCGAAAGGAUCGUACAGGUCGCACAUGGCCAUACACUCGGGAUACAAACCCUACGCUUGCGAAUACUGCGACAAAAGGUUCGGCGACAAACAAUAUUUGACGCAACACAGGAGAGUACACACCGGUGAGAAACCUUUCAAGUGCGACGAAUGCGGACAGUGUUUCAGUCAAAGAUCGAGUCUGAACAGGCACAAAAGGUAUCACAUGGGUUUGAGAAGGGAGAUUUCAUCUCGGGAAAAACUCAUGGAAGAUGAUAAUAAUAGUUUGCUAGAUAUAUUGAAGCAAAAAAAUAUUUCAUCCACGUGGGAAAGUAUUAAUAAAGAGGAUGAUGAUGAUGAUGACGUAAUAAAAAAAAUGGAUGAUGGCGUUCAAACGACGGAAAUGGAGAGUUUUAAGAAUAGAUUUUCCGAGAGGGAUCGUUCGAACGACGUCGACGAUUCGUCGAUUAUUAUCGAAAACGAUGGAUUCGAUUGCGAUUCGUGCGAGAAACGAUUCGAGACGAGGGAAAGUCUUAAAAAUCACAAAAUAAAUUUCCACGAGAAAAAUUUGUCGUGCGAAUUUUGUAAGAAAUCAUACGCGUCGAGGUAUCAUUUGAAACAACAUUUAAACAAAGUACAUCCGUCGAACGCGAUGGAUUUGAAAUGUCACAUUUGCGACUAUCGCACGCACAAUCGUUUCAAUUUAAAGGGUCACAUAGACAGGCACAACAAAGCCGCGUCGUUCAUAUGCGACGAAUGCGGUAAAGGUUUUUACUCGAAGGGAACUUUGGAAGAGCACAAAAAGGGAAAACACGGGUCCGGGUUUCCGUGCGACGUUUGCGGAGCCACGUUGACGAGCAUGUCGAAUUUGAGACAGCAUAAGAAAACUCACGAACCCAAAUCCGCGGACGUUACGUAUCAGUGCGAUAUUUGCGGUCAGGGUUACAGAGCGAGAUCGAAAUGCGCGUUUAGAUUGCACGUGUUGAAACACCAGGGAAUAGUCAAACAGUUCAAGUGUUCGGAUUGCGACAAAAUACUCACGUCGGACAACAGUUAUCGUCAGCACAUGAGAAAACAUUCCGGGGAAAAACCGUUCAUUUGCGAAUUUUGUAGCAAAGCGUUUUCGGAAAAGAAAUAUUUGCAAGUUCACCGUAGGAUACACACGGGUGAGAAACCCUACGAAUGCGACAUUUGCGGGAUUUGUUUCAAUCAAAGGUCGACGAUGACGUCACACAGGAGAUCACACGAUAAGACGAAUUUAAUCAAAUCAUCAUCAUCAUCAUCAGAGGGAGAUAUGAAAAUAGAACAUUGGAUAUUUUCUGAAAUAGUAACGGAUACUUUAUCGGAAUCGAACGUCAUCGAAGGGAAUAAAUCGAAAACGAUGGAAGAGGAGGAGGGAGGAGAGAAAAAAAAUUCAGAUUCGAAAGAAACAUCAUCGCUGUUGGAAAAAAAUAAAAAAAAAAGAGGAAAGACAUCGAGAUCGGGACCUUUGUCGGAAUUGUUUUCAAAUCCUAUAAUGAAAUGCGAAUUUUGCGGUGUCAUUUAUCACGAGUCGGAAAUGAUACAUCAUAGGAAAACUCAUCCGGAAAUGAGGAGGGCAUUGGAAUGCGGACCGUGUAAAAAAUCAUUUUCGAAUCAAACGCAAUUCGACAGUCACAGCAAUCGUCAUAAGAUAUUCUUUUGCGAAGCUUGCAACAAGGAUUUCAAUCCGAGGGAAAAAUACACGAAACACAUGAAGAGGAAACACGGGAAUUUGCCCAAAACACACGUAUGCGAAAUAUGCAACAAAACGUUUUUGGAAAAAUUCGAAUUGAACAUGCAUAAGAAAAAUCAUUCGGGAGUGAAAGACAAACAGUGUCCUUUGUGCUCGUACGCGACCAACAGCACGACUUACAUGAACCUGCACAUAAAAAAACACAACAACGAAUAUGUUUUCCAAUGUCCCACGUGCAACAAAGGAUUUCUAGCCAACAAUCAACUUCAAGCUCACAUAAAUUCGAGGCACGGCGACGGCGGUCAAUUAUUCCCUUGCGACGUCUGCAACAAAACGUAUUCGAGCAAGGGAAAUUUAAACGAGCACAAAAAACAACACGAACCCGGGUACAAACCGGAUAAAAGUCACCAGUGCGAAGAAUGCGGGAAAGCUUUCCCGAGAAAGCACAAACUUCUCAAACACGUGUUGCAACACCGGGGAGUGUUCAGUUUCAAAUGCGUGCCCUGCAGAAAAGGUUUUUCUUGCAAGGUCUCACUGGACAACCACAUGAAAAUACACACGGGAGAGAAAAGUUGCGUUUGCGACGUUUGCGGAAAAUCGUUCACGGUCAAGAGGUACUUGGAAGUGCACAGGCGGUCACACACGGGUGAAAAACCCUACAAAUGCGAUCAGUGCGAAAAAGCAUUCACGCAACAAUCCUCGUUGGUCGUACACAAGAGGUACCACACGGGUGAUCGUCCGUAUUCUUGCAACGUUUGCAACAAAGGAUUCAAUUUGAUCGAACACAACGACGAAUGUCACGUCGAAUGCGAUUUAUGUCGGGAAGUUUUCAAAAGGAAAUUUCAUUUAAAAAAUCACAUGAAAUCAAAUCAUUCGAACAGCGAUCGUGGGAAAAUCAAUUGCGAUCAUUGUUCGAAAACUUUUCCCACGCACAUGUCGCGGUGGGUUCACACGAAAACCGUGCACAAAAACAAUUGGAAAUACAAAUGUCGCGAAUGCGAUUACGGGACGACUCAUUCGACACUUUUUCAAAACCACGUCAAAAAACAUUCGGAAUCCCUCGAUUUGAAAUGCGAACAAUGCGACAAAGAAUUCAAAAGUCGAUACCGAUACGACGUACACGUUAAAAUCCACGAAAAAGAACUUAGUUGUUCCGUGUGUCAUAAAAAAUUCGACAAGAGGAAAAACAUGCUCAGACACGUGAGCAGGAAUCACAGGUCUGAGAAAAAAAUACGUGACGUUCCAUGCACGGUGUGUAGUAAAAUGUUUUACGAUAAGUGGACGUUGAGAGUUCACAUGGAAAUUCAUAGUAACGUGAAAGAGAAAUGCACUUAUUGCGAAUACGAAACGUGUCACCCGAAAAAUUUAAAAGCUCACGUUAAAAAUCACGUAAAAGAAUUUGAUUUCGUUUGCGAGUCAUGCGGCCGGGGUUUCCUAUACAAUUUCAUGCUGAGAGAUCACGUGACGAAAGAACACGGUGACGGUUUGCCUCGUUUGCCGUGCGAGACGUGCGGUAAAACGUUUGCCACUCAACAGUAUUUGAACGUUCACAAACAAUCGCACGAACCGGGUUACGAAAAAAGGAAUCACCAGUGCGAAAUAUGCGGGAAAAAAUUUCUCACGAGGAGCAUGUUACUAAGACACAUAAGGGGCCAUAAUCAAAUCGUUCGCUACGUUUGCAAAUACUGCAAUAAAUAUUUAUCGUGUUUGGCGACGUUGAAAGACCACGAGAAAAUUCACACGGGAGAAAAACCCUUCAUAUGCGAAGUCUGCGGAAAAUGUUUCGGCGCGAAAAAAUACCUCGUCACGCAUUCGAGAACUCACACGAAUGAAAAACCCUACGGUUGUCGCGAAUGCGGCGCGUCUUUCGGACAAAGAGGAACGUUGACGGCACAUUUGAAAUCUCAACAUUUGAAAAAAGAUGAUGGCGGGAAAGAGAAUGGGAUCCGAUGCCGUGACGUCACUUCCGUUAGCGGUAAUUUUUUUUAUUUAUUUUCAAACGUUAAUUCUAAAAAAAACGACGGAAAUUCAAAAACGGGAGUUGAAGAUUUGCCGAAAGAAAAACGUCACGAAGAUUGCGAGACGAGUCAAAAUGAUGACGUCACGUUAUCGGAGAAGGAUGUGGAAGAGUUAAAAGAGAAAUGUCGAAAAGGGAAAAAUUAUUGCAUCGUUUGCAACGUACAAUAUUCGGAUAAGAUCGAAUUCGAAAGUCACGCAAAAACGCAUAAUAAAAAAAUCGUCUGUCAGAUUUGUAAGAAAAUAUGUCCGAAUCAAUUGAGAUUGUUGAGUCACGUGAGAAACGUUCACUCGAAUGAAAAUGGAAAGAAAAAAAUUCCCUGCGACGUUUGUCGUAAACUUUUCGCGUCGAGAAAUUCGUUGUGGGUGCAUAAAAAAAAUCGUCACGUGGAAAAUUGGGAUUUGAUUUGUUCCACAUGCGGAUUCGGUACCAACAGUAAAGAAAAGUACGACGAACACGUGCGAAAAGGCGGGAAUGAAAAUCAUUCGUCUUUCGAAUGCGAUUUUUGCGACAAAAAAUUGGCGACGCAAAAUAAUUUGGAUAAACACGUUCGACUCUAUCACACGAUUCACCGUUGCGACACUUGCCGUAAAGAAUACGGGAGUAGAUAUAAUUUAUUGAGACACGUACAAAGAUCCCACGGGAACGGGAGGAAAAUUCGUGACGUACCGUGCGAAAAAUGCGGUAAAAAAUUUUUCACGAAAUGGGAAUUGAAAGUUCACGCGAUGAAUAUUCACGGGAAGGAAAAAUUAGGUUGUUCGUAUUGCGAUUACGUCACGGCGUAUCCUCAAAUCCUGAGGGAACACGUGACAAAACACACGAAAGAAUAUCCUUACGUGUGCGAAUGGUGCGGUAAAGGUUUCGUUAAUAAAACGCGAUUGAAAAAUCAUUCGGGAAAAGAACACUUGAACGCUGUCGUCGUGACUUGUACAGUUUGCGGGAAAAAAUUUCACAGUCGGAAAAAUUUAUCGUUUCACAUGGAAUGUCACGAACCGGGUUACGAAUUGAAAAAUCACGGGUGCGAUAUUUGCGGGAAAAAAUUUCAUCGCAAAUCAGGUUUGAGAAAACACGUACGACGUCAUCACGAAGGUCACGUUAAAACCUACGAAUGUUUAACUUGCGGUAAAGUUUUAACGUCUUCCCGUUCACUCAAAUACCACGAAAACAUUCACACGGGAGAAAGACCGUUUUCUUGCGAUAUUUGUCACAGGGGAUUCGCCAGGAAAAAUUAUCUCGUGUCACACGUGAGAACUCACACGAGGGAAAAACCAUAUUCGUGUCAACAAUGCGAUUCAAUUUUGCCGACGUGGGACGAUAAUAAAAUACACGAUUCCGUCGUGUGGUCGAGUUUGAACGAAUUGGUCAAAGAGAAAAUACCAAUGGACAUGCUCGGUCAACUUGACAACGAUGUCGAUAAUAAUAUUAACGGAAAUGACGUUUUAAUAAAAAGUGAAAACGAUAAGCCGGAAAAGGAGGACAGGAAUGAUAAAUCCGGGAAGAAAAAAAAAAACAAAUCCGGGAAAAGGAUAAAUCGUCCGACCGAAUACAAUUAUCCACAGAAAUGUGAAUUUUGCGGUCAGAUUUUUCUAGAAAAGGAAAUGGUUCGACAUAAAAAAGUACAUCCGGAAUCUUUCACGUUUGAUUGCGCUCCCUGCGGGAAAUUUUUCAACAGCAAAGCGGCAUACGACCUUCACUACAACAUACAUAAAAUUUAUCACUGCGUGACGUGUAAGAAAGAUUUCAAAGCGCGUAAACACUAUCGGAGUCACAUGGAACGAAUACAUAAAUCGGAAGGUGAAAGGCCGAGAAUACACGAGUGCGACAUUUGUCGUAAAACGUUCAAAGAUAAAUUCGUUUUGAACACUCAUAAGAAAACGCAUUUUAACAUAAAAGCUCACAAGUGUCCGAUGUGCGAUUACGCGUGCAAUAAUUUAACGUACAUGAGACAACACGUGAUGAAUCACACGAAUCAACUUCAGUUCAAAUGUCACAUUUGUUACCGCGGAUUCAUGACGGAUCGAGAACUUCAGUGUCACGUGGAUAAAUUACAUUCGAACGAGCCGCAAGUGUACAGUUGCGACGUUUGCGGUAAGAUCUCGACGAGCAAGGGUAAUUUGAGGCAACAUCAAAAAAUUCACAAUCCCGAACACAAUCAAAAAAAGGAUCAUCAGUGUUUCGAGUGCGGGAAAACGUUCUCGCACAAGUGUAGGUUGAAAAAGCACGUGCUGUCGCACAAGGGACAAAACAAGUGUCACUGCAGCGUUUGCGGAAAAUUACUGUCGAAAGAUUCUUAUAAGAAACAUUUGAAAGGACACAGCGGUGAAAAACCAUUUCUCUGCGAUUAUUGCGGCGAAUGUUUCACGACGAAAAGUUGCCUCAUGACUCACAGGAGGAUUCACACGUGCGAAAAAUCUCCAAGGCCCUACUGUUGCGAUCAAUGCGGUAAAAGUUUCGCUCAACGAUCUAUUUUCAUAGCGCACAAAAAAUCACAUUCGAACGUUUCCCUACCUUUCUACUGCGAAGAAUGCGAUAAAUAUUUUUCGCAACCCUCACAACUCGUUUCUCAUAAGAAAAAUAAUCACGCGUUCGAUCCGGCCCGUUCCCUGUCGUGCGAUACGUGCGGAAAAGAAUUUACGAACGAAACGUUUUUAGUGUCACAUCGCGAUUCGUGUCACAUAACGGACAAAUCCGUCAAUUUUCUCAAUUUCGCAAUUCAAAACGAUAUGGAAAAUAAUUCCAAGGACGCGAAAGUUGAAAAUUGUUUUGAAAAAAAGAAAAAAAAAAAAAAGGCUGUGAAAAAAUUAAAGGAUUCGUAUACGUGUUCGUCGUGUCGUAGAAAUUUCGAGAGGAAAACAAAUUACGACAAACAUUUGAAAAGAAUUCACGGGGAACGCGUUCACGAAUGUUCGAAAUGUACAAAAUCGUUUUUCUACGCUUAUCAACUCAAACUUCAUUUGUUGACGCACGACGAGUCCGUUCAGAAACGUUAUUCUUGUUCUCAUUGCGAUUUUCAAACUCACUACAAAUACUAUUUUAAAAAACAUUGUGCGAAACACGGUUCGACGUACAAAUACGUUUGUCGUAAAUGUUCCGAGGGAUGUUUUCACAGCGAAAACGAUUACGAGAAACACAUGAUAGAGUCGCACGGUUCGAACAUGUACGUUUGCACGAUAUGUAAAAAAUUUUACUACAGUUCCCUUCGUUUGAAAUCACAUUUGACGAGACAGCAUUCGUUCGACGAGGGGGAAAGGGAAAAAAAUAGGAAAAAUAAUAAUAAAUUACACUGCGAGGAUUGUGAUAAAACGUUUGGAAGAAAAUACGAUUUGAACGUUCAUAGGAAAAGGCACGGAGGCGAACGGCGUUCGUUUGUUUGUACCGUUUGUCACAAAUCAUUGGCUUCUAAAUACAGGCUUAAAAUUCAUUUGAAAUCGCAUAGGGGAGACAAAGAUUUCGUUUGCGACAAAUGCGGGAAAACAUUUCGAAAAACAAAAGCGAGUCAAAAAUCAACAGUAAAACCGAAAAGGGGGAAAAGUUUAAGAAUAAGAAGUAGGAAAAAAAUUCAAGGAAAUGAUUCGGAUGUGGUUGAAAACGAUCCUGAAAAUUUAAAUGUGACAAACGAGAGCGACGGAAAAGGAGAAACGGUUAAAAAACGUUUGUUGAAUUCAAAAGUUGAAGAUACAAUUUGUCACGUUUGCGGAAAAACGGAAAAAAGUAAAAAAUUAUUGAGGCGACACAUGAUCAAACAUUCCGACGAACGUCCAUUUUCCUGCAGUCAAUGUUCGAAAAGGUUUAAAAGGUCGUACGAGGUUAAAGCACACAUGAAAGUCAUGCACGAAACUCAGAGAAAAGAUUACAAGUGUGAAAUUUGCGGUCAUCAAUACGCGAUACGUUCAAAACUUGAAAUUCACAUGAAAAGGCAUAGGAAAGAGUAUAAGUGCGUUUGUUUGGAAUGUGGAAAAGGUUUUUAUUCCGAUUUCAAACUCAAAGAACAUUCGUACAUUCAUACCGGGGAAAAACCGUAUCAGUGCGAAGUUUGCGGUCGUUCCUACGCUUACAAAACGGAUUUGGUAUCUCACAAGGUGGCACAACACCCGGAAACGUGCGAUCCGUCACGUGUUCACAAGUGCGAAAAAUGUGGGAAAACGUUCUCGACCGCGAAAGCUCUUCAGGUUCACGAAAACACUCACACCGGAGAAAAUUUAUUCCCCUGCACGUUUUGCAGUAAAGUUUGCACGACGAAAAAACUACUCAAAAGUCAUUUGGUUCGUCAUUCAUCCGUUCGACCUUACCCCUGCGACGUUUGCAACAAAACAUUCAAACGUCCUUUCGAAGUUGCCAUACAUAAAAAAUCACACGAAGCGGACAAGAAACACAUUUGCGAAUUAUGCGGUUAUUCUGCGUUAAGGAAAACCUCGUUGGACCUUCACAUAAGACGACACAAAAAAGAUUUCAAAGUGACGUGCGAAACCUGCGGAAAAGGUUUCUAUUCGGAAUUCAAAUUAAGAGAACACGUGAACAUUCACACGGGUGCAAAACCUUUUCAGUGUGACGUUUGCGGGAAAAGUUAUCCAUACAAGUGGACUUUAACAUCGCACAAGAGAAUUUUUCAUUCCGAAACAUCCGACUCGAAUAAAAUUCACAAAUGCGAUCACUGUUCCAAAAUAUUCAUAACCAAAAAAACUCUUCGGAGUCACGUGAAAACUCAUUUGGAAUCGGACAACGUUCGUACGACGGACGAAUUUUCAAAUAAAAUGAAUAAUCAGAGGGAAGAUGACGUCAAAUUGGACGUGGAAACGAUUGAAAAAUCAGAACGAGAAACGACGAGGACGACGACUGAUAAAAAUGAAAAAGAGAAUCCACUCGUGUGCGAUUAUUGUUUAAAAACGUUUAAAACGAAAAAACAAUUGGGAAGACAUUUGGUAAAACAUUCCGACGUUCGUCCUUACUCUUGUCAAAUAUGUCAGAAACGAUUUAAAAGGAGUUUCGAAGUUAACACGCACAUGAAAACGCAUAGUAACGAUCAAGAAAAACAACUCAUAUGCGACAUAUGCGGUCAGGGAUUCGUUUUCAAAACGAAUUUGGAUUUACAUUUGAUGAGACAUCGUCAAGAAUUCAAAGUUAAAUGUAGUUUUUGCGGUAAGGGAUUUUAUUGCGAAUCCACGUUGAGAGAACACGUGAACGUUCACACGGGUGAAAAACCAAAUCAGUGCGAAUUGUGCGGAAUGACAUUUGGUUACAAAAGCGUUUUGGAAGCUCAUAAAUUAUCAUCACAUCCGGAAUCGUUGGAUCCGUCGAAAGUUCACAAGUGCGAGACCUGUCCGAAAGUUUUCCCGACGAAAAAAUCCCUCGAAAUCCACGAGAAUUCUCACACGGGAAAAAACAAAUUCGUUUGUACGACGUGCGAUAAAACUUAUGCGAGUAAGAAAUUAUUAAAUCGACACAUGGUGAGUCAUUCGCAAAUCAAACCUUUUUCCUGCGACAUAUGCGGAAAAUCGUUCAAGAGAUCAUUCGAAGUUAAAACUCAUAAGAAAAUACACAGUUCGGAGAAAAAACACGUUUGCGAAAUAUGCGGAUAUGCCGCGUCGCAAAAAUCAUACCUGAACCUUCACAUAAAACGUCACAAGCAAGAUUUCAAAGUGACUUGCGAACAUUGCGGAAAAGGUUUUUUCUCAAGUUUUAAACUCAAGGAACACAUGUACACUCACACGGGUCAGAAACCCUUUCAAUGCGAACUAUGCGAUAAAGCAUAUCCGUACAAGACGAAUUUAACCACUCACAAGCGAAUACGUCACCCGGAAAUAAAUUCCAGCAAUUCUGGAAAAGGUCAUCAGUGUCAGUUUUGUACGAAAACUUUCCUCCAUAAGAAAUCGAUGUUGUUGCACUUGAAUCUUCACACGGGUCAAAAAGCGUAUCUCUGCGAUAUUUGCGGAAAAGUUUUGACGAACAAAGAACAAUUGAAACUACACAGGAGGAGUCAUUCGGGGGAAAAACCGAACGUGUGCGCCGUUUGUGGUAAAACGUUUAACACGAGGGAUAAUUUAAAAGUUCACGAGAGAACACACACGGGAGAAAGGCCGUUCGUUUGCGAAUUUUGCGGGAAAUCUUUCACUCAGAGAACUUCUCUUGUUGUUCACAUGAGGUGUCACACGGGUCAAAAGCCAUACGCUUGCGAAACGUGCGAUAAAACGUUCGUUACGAAAACCCUUUUGAAAAGUCACGAAAAAAUUCACGAUGACAAAAAAAUUCCGGUUGGGGAAAUAAGAAAAGUUAGGAUCAAAAACGAUGAGGGGGAAAAUUUUAAAAUGUUGUGCACUGGAUGCGUUUUGGAAAUGGACGAAAAAGAAAGUGACGUUCAAGUGGAAAUAUUAUACAUUCCUGAUAAAAAAAACAAUAAAAAAAAGAGAGAGAAUAAAAUCGAUAAAAAUCAAUUGUUGGAAGGUAUGACCGAGUUCAAAUGUGAUAUAUGCACGAAAACAUUUACCGUAGCUGCUCAUUUGGAAAAACACGUGACCAUACAUUCCGUCGCAAAACCGUACACGUGCGAUUUAUGCAAGAGUACUUUUAAAAGAUUGAUGUCUAUGUUGCUUCAUAGGAGAAAACAUUUCGGGAGUUUGGAAUACAAAUGCAAUUCAUGCAAUUAUAGUUCGGCAUACAAAUCCUCUCUCGAACUCCACAUGAAACGUCACGCAAAAGAUUACAAAGUCAAAUGCGAAACUUGCGACAAGGGUUUUUUUUCCGUCAACGAACUCAUCGAUCAUUAUAAUAUGCACACGGGAGCUCGACCGUAUAAAUGCGAACAAUGUGACAAAUCCUAUCCGUACAAGCACAAUUUAACGGCGCAUAAAAAAUCACAACAUCCUUCGGGACCCGUGGAGAAAAAACUUCACCAGUGCGACACGUGCGGAAAAGUUUUCUCGUUUAAAAAAUCUCUCACGCUUCACAUGAAAUCACACACGGGUGAAAACGUUUUCAUUUGCGACAUAUGCGGUAAAUCGUUAACCAACAAAGAGCAUUUGAUGUUUCACCGGAGAAUUCACACGGGUGAAAAACCGUCCGUGUGUGACGUUUGCGGAAAAGGAUUUGCCAAACCUGGAAAUCUGAUAUCGCAUAAAAGAGUGCAUUCCGGGGAAAAACCGUACGCGUGCGAAAUGUGCGGAAAAUGUUUUUCUCAAAGAUCGACUCUAGUCAUUCACCGUCGUUACCACACGGGUCAAAGACCAUACGCGUGCGGACUUUGUAAAAAGACGUUCGUGUGUCAGGCUUUACUCACCACGCAUUCCAAAACUCAUAAGAUAGCACCGAUUUUCGAAACGUCAAACCUAACAUUCGAAGAUAACAUUGUAAAAAACGUUUUUUCCAAUUCGGAAAUCGAAGAUGAAAACUUACUGUCGGUGUUCAGUCCUGGAAAUUACGUCACGUCAAAUAUAGCGUGCCAAUACACGCGAGACUCUGAUUCGUUUAGAAACGAUCUCGAAUUGGAUUAUUCGGGUCCUCACACGGACGACAGCACGGAUCAUCAUCCGAAUUUGGAAGAACUUUUACCCUCGCCAAAUUUAGGAGAAUCGAAUGUCGAUGGUAAUUUAGAAGAGCGUGGGAAAUCGGGAAAAGAAACGAAAUUGUUUUGGUGCAACAUAUGUGGGAAAUCGUGCGUAUCGAAUAAAAGAUUGAAACAGCAUAAGGAAAGUCACAGCAUGGAAAGACCUCACGCGUGUUCGGUGUGCGACAUGAGAUUUAAACGUCCGUCGGAAGUCACGAAACACAUGAAAAUCCACAACGAAAAUAAAAAAUACACGUGUCAAUUUUGCCCGUUUAAAACGGUGCAUAAAUUCGCACUAGACAUGCAUUUGAAAAGACACUUCGGCGACUACAAAUACAAAUGCGAUAUAUGCGACAAGGGUUUUUACACGAAAUUCGAUCUCACCAAUCACACUAUACUACAUUCCGGAGAUAGACCCUAUCAGUGUCACGUGUGCAAAUUAACAUUUCUCUACAAGAACAAUUUGCUUUACCACAAGAAAACGAUACAUCCCGAUCCGGAUCAAGUGCCCGAGUCGUUUCAUUGUAAUAAUUGUGAUAAAACUUACCAGAGCAAGCGUUCCCUUUUGGUGCACGUGCACAAAAGACAUUCCGCAGGACCAGUGUCUCAUUUGUGCGAGAUUUGUGGACAAUCUGUAAUGAGUGUGAAUGCGUUAAAAAUUCAUAAGAAAAAAAUGCAUUCGAUGAACAAAGAAAACGAGCCUAAAACGAUAAUUUGCAAAACAUGCGGGGAAAAUAUUUCAGAGGAUAGAUUCGAAGAACAUAAUUAUCUCGCUCAUCCGGAAGCAUCUCUGCAAUUGUGCACGGUGUGUAGCAAAGUAUUUUACAAUAGGGACGAUCUUUUGAUUCACAUGAGAUCUCAUCCGAAACCGCCGAAAUUGAAAAAGGGACAAAAAUCAUCCGGAGAAUCUUGUCAAAAGGAAUGGUCUUGCUCUCAGUGCGAUAAAGUUUAUCCGAGUAAUCAACAACUCAAAUCACACAUGAAAGUUCAUAAACACGAACCUUAUUCCCUGGAUUGUAAAAUUUGUCAUAAAGUGUUUAAAACAACUCACUACGCUCGCGAACACAUGAAAGUUCAUACGGGCGAAAGACCAUUUAAAUGUCAUUUGUGCAAUAGAAGUUUUAUGCAAAAGCAACAUUUGAUAAGUCAUAAAAAACGUCAGCAUUUUAAAGAGCACGCUUUUAAAUGUGAACAGUGCGACAAAGGUUUUCAUUCGAAAACUGAGUUACAGGUCCACAUGAAUUGGCAUAACGGUGAACGACCUCAUAUGUGCGACGUGUGCGGGAAAUCGUAUCCGUCGAAAUCGAAUAUGAUGGGUCACAAGCGAACGCAUCAUCCGAGGCCGGAUGGAACGUUAAAAAGGUAUCCGUGUACAACAUGUCUCAGGCAAUUCAUGACCAAAAGAUCUCUUUUGAAUCAUAUUCGUCAGCAUACGGGAGAAGCCGGUCACUACGUGUGCGAUAUAUGCGGAAAAGCAUUAUCUAGUAGACAAUCGUUAAAAGCUCACAGAAUGAUUCAUACGGGUGAAAAACCAAUUUCUUGUAAUUUGUGUUUUAAAGCCUUUAGUACGACAAAGUAUUUAAGGACGCACAUGAAAGCUCACGGGAAUGAAAAACCAUUCAAAUGCGGUGAUUGUGGUCAGAGUUUUUCGCAGAGAUCGAGUUUGGUGACACAUCAACGAGAACACAUCGGAGGGGUGAAAUGCAAUGAGUGCGGAUUAAGUUUCGCAUCUCUCAAUUUGUUGAGAACACACGCUCAAAGUGAACAUAAUCAAAUGGUGCAACAAAUCAGACCAUUGCAACCUCACCAGCAAACAUCUCAGGAAUCUCCAACGCACGCACAACAAUCCGAACAAAUCAUAUUGACGACGGAUCAGAGAAUUGAAAAUUCUAUAACUCCGCAACAAAUCGUAGUUCAUCAAAGAACUCAAACGGAUCCUACCACCAUGAUAGUAACGCAUCAGCGAAUAGUACCUCAAACCGAUCAACCGAUGAUUGUCACUCAUCACAGAAUCCCUCAGGAACAAAUUCAGUCUUCCAUGAUAAUCACACAGCAAAGAGCCGAUUCCGAAACAUCAUCACCCAUGUUAAUUUCCCAGCAAAGAAUACAAACUGAACAACCUUCUUCUAUCAUGACCAUCACGCAAAGGCCACAAAGUGAUCAACCUCCAUAUCAGUGCGAUUUGUGCCGGAUGGAAUUUCUCACGAAAGCCAUUUUGAAAGCACAUCAAGCCACACACAAUUACACAUAUCCAAUAUUUUGUUCGUUUCGCUCCAGAGAAAAUUUGUACGCGCAAGUUUUAAAAGAUUCGAAAUUAAAAUUUAAUUUAUCCGACAAUAGCGAGAAAAAAAGUUGGGCACGUCAAAAAAUCGAUUGCGGAACUUCAAAAAUCAAAUUGGGAAAAAUUUGUAAAAUCUGUGAUAAAAUAUUCAAUUCGAGAAUCCUGUACGAAUCCCAUUGCAAAUCCGAACAUGGCAUAGACAGACCGUAUUUUUGCGAAACGUGUAACGGACAAUUUAAAACUCCACACAUUCUCGCGGGUCACAUGAAACUUCAUUCGAACAAAAAAGAUUACGUUUGCGACACGUGCGAUUUUUCCUGUCAUUCUAAAAACAAUAUGGAUUUACACAAGAGAAGAAAUCAUUCGAAGGAAUAUCUCGUCAAUUGUGAAACGUGCGGAAAAGGUUUUUUCAGAAAAGCCGAAUUGAACGCUCAUAAAAAUUCACACACCGGAAACAGGCCGUAUCAAUGCGAAUUGUGCGGGAAAAAUUACAUGUCGAAAUCGCAUUUAGGCUCUCAUAAAAAAUGGGUUCAUCCGGAAUUGUUUAGCAGCGAUCGAUACCACAAGUGUUCGAUAUGUUCGAAAACGUUUCCCUUCGCAAAACUCCUUUCGAAACAUUUGGAGGGUCACGCGGGAACUCGAAAAUAUUUAUGCGAUUAUUGUGGAAAAUCCGUGACGAGUCAAGAAUCGUUAAAAGUUCACAGGAGGACACACACGGGAGAAAAACCCGUCGUUUGUGACAUUUGCGGUAAAGCGUUCGGGGGAAGGUAUUACAUGAGAGUUCACAGGAGACUUCACACGGGUGAAAAACCUUAUGCUUGCAACGAUUGUGGAAAAUCUUUCACACAACGUUCGACCCUUUCCUUACAUUUACGCUCUCAUUCUCUGAAUGAAAAUUACACAAAAGGCGGAAAUAGUUUAAACAAUUGUACCGUCGUCGAGAACGUCGACGUUCCCGUAGAAAAAAUUAAAAAGAAAAAAAAAGGGAAGAAGUUAACGAAGAAAACUAUGAAAGGGAAAUACGUACCGGGAACGAGAAGGAAUAAAAAAAGGCCGGAUAUUUGCGAUGUAUGCAGGUUGACAAUGACUCAUAAAGAUGAACUCAUUCAUCAUUUGAAAAAAAUUCACAAAGUCGAGUAUAGGUGUAAGACGUGUAAUAAAUUAUACAAGAGUGCAAAAAAUUUAACGAAUCAUGAAAAAAUUCACACGGCUCCGAAAGAAUUCGUUUGCGAAAUAUGCGGUUACGCGUCGUACAAUCGGGGCACCGUUGCCACGCACAGAAAACGUCAUACCAAAGCGUACACCGAUUACUGUGAUGUUUGCAAUAAGGGUUUCUACACCAGGUACCAAUUGGAAGAACAUAGAAAUUUACACACGGGGGAAAGACCUUUCAAAUGUGAAUUUUGCGAAAAGGGUUUUAUAUGUAAGGGAACAUUGGAAAAGCACAAGAUAGCAAAUCAUUCGAAAUUUUUAGAAAACGUUAAAAAUUUCCCAUGCAACGUUUGUUCGAAAACUUUUUUAUUUAAAAAAAAUCUCGUUCGACAUACUAGGACUCACACGGGUGAAAAACCUUUCGUUUGUAAUUAUUGCGGUAAAGGUUUGGCCAGUUCUCAUUCGCUAACCGUUCAUAAGCGAACUCACACGGGAGAAAAACCUUUCGUUUGUGAUUUGUGUGGCAAAGGUUACGGUCACGUGAAAUAUUUAAAAGAUCACAUAAAAACUCACGAUAAUAAAUCGGAAAAAAAUAAAAGAAACAAACAACAACAGAAGAUUCAAUCAACACAAACGAUACUUCCAACACCGUCCCAACAGCAACAACAACAACAGCAUCACUUAGAAACAAUACACAUGAAUCAAGUCACAACUGUUUUAACGGUAACUAAUAAUCAAUGUGUUAAUGAAACUCUUAAUCACAUACCGAUAAUCGGACCCACUGUGGUAUCCAUGUGCCAACAAAUACCUAGAAAUCAACAUCAUCACAACAUGACGAUAGACAUGAACAUAACGAAUGAUUCUAACUUGGAUUGGACUCGAAGGACAACAAUCGACGUUUUAGAGGACAGGACCAUGUCGGGAAUAGUCACGGAUUGGACAAAACGAACUAAUCCAUCUAAUCCGAUUGCUAGCAUAGGAUUUUGGCAAGAAUCCGAAAACCAAAAAAUGAUAAAUGACGACGACGACGAAAGGGUUGUUGAUAAAAAGGAUCCGUCGAUUUAUUAUUAUUGUAAAAUUUGUAACGAAAGGUUCGAUAGUUUUUACGAUAAAACCGUACAUUUGUUUCACAUUCACGGCGAAGAACUCAAAUGCGAAUUUUGCAAAAAGAAAAAAUUCGAAACCGUUAAAAAAUUAAACGUUCAUUUCCGUUGGGUUCACAGCGAAAAAUCAUACAAAUGUUUCAAAUGCGAAUUUUCCACAUCGAUUAGGGGAAAAUUAAAUCGUCACGUGAAAAUAAUGCACGACAAAGAGUACGCGUACAAUUGUAAAAUUUGUUCGAAGGGUUUCAUCGAUAAAUUCGAUUUGGAAGAGCAUAAAAAUCUACAUUCGGGUAAUAUGCCGCACCAGUGCGAAAUAUGCGGUAAAAGUUUUAGACUUAAAACAACUCUCAGAGCUCACAGGUAUAAAUUUCACGUUGAAGAUUUGUCGCACGUUUGCAAAUUGUGUAAAAAAGGUUUCGCAACUAAAUCCGGAUUGGAUUCUCAUUUUUCCCUGCAUGAGGAAAAGAAAAAAUUCAUUUGUCAUUUUUGCGGGAAAAAUUUAUCGACUUUCACGACACUAACCGAACACAUACGGAUUCACACGGGUGAAAAACCUUAUGUUUGUGAUGUGUGCCAAAAAGGAGACGAAGAAAGAAUGGAUUCCGUUUUGGAAGUUCGAGUGAAAGAAGAACCAUUUUCAUCAGACGAUGAUUUACCAUUGUCGCAAAGAGUAAAAACCGUCGAAGAAGAUUUUUUCGAAUCAUCGUCAUUGAUAAAAUUUGAAAAAAAUUCGAAAUCGGAUGAAAAUGUGAAAAAAGGCGUUGAAAAGAUGAAAAGGAAAAAAGGAGUGAAUUGUGAUACGUUGAAAAAACAAAUAAAAAAAUUUGGCGAAGACAUGGAAAAAAAAUUAUUGGAAAUCGUCGUUGAAGCGGAAAAAAAUAUAAAUGUUAAGUUACCGAAAUUCCCGAGGGAAAAAACCGAGUGUCCGUUGUGCGGUGAAAAAUAUUUUGAAAUUUUAGCUCAUUUAGAAAGGCACGCCAAUAGAACUCCACACAGUUGUAAUAAAUGCAACAAGUCAUUUACAUUCAAGGGAAAGCUCAUGGAUCAUAAGAAAUUCGCACACGGAAUCAACUACGCUUGCGAAAUAUGUCACAAAAGAUUCAAUCACAAGGAUAACAUAAGGAUACACAUGGCGACACACGAAACGGAAGAAAAAUACGUUUGCUACAUUUGCGGGUAUUCGACGAAAAGAAAACAGUGCCUUGAAGUUCAUAUCAUGCGGCACGAGGACAAAUGGGUUUGCCAAUGCACGAUAUGCAACCGUGGUUUUUUUUCAUAUGCCACAUUGGCUCAACACAUGAACAGUCACACGGGUGAAAAACCAUUCACGUGCGAUCAGUGCGGUGCCAAUUAUUCCAAUUACAACACCCUUUGGAAACAUUCUAGAAAAUUUCAUCCGGAAUUAUACAACAAUUUAUACUCUUGUAAAAUAUGCGGUAAAGUUUUCAUGAAAGAAAAAUCAUAUCAUUUGCACAUGGCGAAUUUACAUUCGAAGGGAAAUCAUUUCGAGUGCGAUUCGUGUACGAAAACGUUCAAAAAAGAAUUGUCUCUCAUAAUACACAAGAGAACUCACACGAACGAAAGGCCGUACGUUUGUAAAAUAUGCGGAGGAGCGUUCACGGCAAGAAAAUAUUUAACCAAACACAUGGGCGUUCACAAAGCUAAAAAUUACAAAUGUCGGUUUUGCUAUAAGAAAUUCAUGCUGGAACAAGCGUUACCGAAUGGAAAUAUCAACGGAGUGGAAGAAAAACACGAGAUGACGUAUGAAAAACAUAAAAAAUCCGAACAUAUCAUGUUGACCGAUAAAAAUAAUUUUACCUGUAGUAUAUGUCAAGAAAAAUUUAAUAGAAAAUCUAAAUUGAUAAUACAUUCUUACAAUUUUCACAACGUUGGAAUAAAAUGCAAAAUGUGUUCGAAAACAACAUCGACCUUAACGGCAUAUCUUUCUCAUUUUUCGAUAAAACAUUCCGAACAUGGAUAUCCAUGUUGGAAAUGUAAUUAUAAAACGGAUAAAAAAUCAAAAUUUAAAAAUCAUUUUAUGGAAAAUCAUAAAAAAAACACCGGAAUGGAAAAUAAAUCGAGUGAAAACAAUGUGGGAAAAUCGCACGUGAAAAAAACAAACAAGGUAGAAAAAAAAGGUUUCGAUUGCGACAUGUGCGAUACGAAAUUCACGUUGAAAAAUCAACUUCUCAAACAUAAAAAUGAAAAACAUGGAGUCGACAUAACGUGCGAAAUAUGCAGACAAGUUUUCAACAACAUGGUAUCUCUUAGAAGUCACAAAUUCACUAAACACACGGGAAAGGAUAAAAUAUGCGAAAUAUGCGGGUAUUCGACAAAGAAAACAUACGAUUUUAAAAGGCAUCAAGUUAAACACAGCAACGAAUAUUCCGUUAUGUGUUUGGUUUGCAACAAGGGAUUCUAUUCCUUAUACGAAUUCAACGAACAUAAAAACGUUCACACGGCCGAACGUCCGUAUCAGUGCGAAGUGUGCGGUAUCAAUUACAGUCGUAGGAGUUCUCUCAUUUUACACAGGAAUCGAAAACAUCCGGAAAUAUAUGACGCGACGAAAAAAUGUCAAAUAUGCAAUCAAGUGUGUCUCACAAAGGAAACCAUGGAUGCUCACGUCAAGACUCACGUCGAAGGAAGGAAGAGAUACUAUUGCGAUAUAUGCGGAAAAGGUUUGCUCACCAAAGUCAUUUUGAAAAUUCACAGGAGGAGUCACACUGGAGAAAAACCUUUCGAUUGUAGUUAUUGUGGGAGAGCUUUCAGUUGUAAAAAAAAUUUAUCGGUUCAUAUUCGUCUUCACACGGGGGACCGUCCCUAUUCUUGUAAAGUGUGUUGGAAAGCAUAUACUAAAAGUUCAGCAUUGAAAGCUCAUGAAAAAAUACAUGCUAAUCGUUUUAAAGCGUUGGAAAAACAUAGGAAAACUCAUUUUUUUGAUAAUCACAAGCAUAAAUGCGACAUGUGUAAAUGUUCAUUUAGCAUGAUGACAAAAUUACUUCGUCACAAGAAAAAAUGUCACCAUGUGGAUUUGAAAUGUGAUGAAUGUAACAAAACAUUUGAAAAAAUUCAUUAUUUUGUUAUACACUUGAAAAAUCACAAAAAGGAAAAAUCAUUCGUGUGUGACGUUUGCGGAUUUGCCACAAUUGGAAAAUCGAUAAUGACAAAUCACAAAUUGUCAAAGCAUAAAAUAGGAAAAUUUCCAUACACUUGUGAAACGUGUAAGAAAAAUUUUCUAAACAGGUACAUGUUAAAUGAACAUUUGAAUAUACACGCUGGCGCGACUCCCUAUCAGUGUCACAAAUGCGGUACUGCAUAUGCUUCGUCUAAAGCCCUAUCGAGACAUGGUAAAACGAAACAUCCUGAAGAGUACAAAAUCAAACUCAUCCAUUGCACAUACUGCAAUAAAAGUUUUAAGUGUAAAAAAAAUUUAGAUUCUCACGAGAAAAUCAAACAUCCUAAUGGUCGUCGUAACGUUUGUGAUGUUUGCAAUAAAAAUUUUUCAUUUCACGGAUCUUUGAUACGUCACAAAAGAAUACACACAGGAGAAAAACCUAAAGAAUGUCACAUAUGUAAAAAACGAUUUUCGUGUGCUUCCUAUCUUCAAUGCCAUUUGAGAACACACACGGGGGAAAAACCAUAUCAGUGUAAAUUUUGUUGGAAAACAUUUUCACAGCGUACGAGUUUAGUCAUACAUGAAAAAACGCAUUUGAAAACUUUUAAGCUUUUGGGCAUUGAUGUAGCCAUGACAGAAAAACCGUUAAUAUGA